AUGGGUUCUGAAAGAAUAAAUUGUAUUGCAGUUGAUGAUGGUGAAUUAAGUAAACACGUUUUUGAUUGGUACAUGAAGAACUAUCACAAAGACAACGAUACAAUAAUAUUUGUACAUGUAAACCAAAUGCCGCAACUUCCAGCAAUGGGUCUUCUGGCUGGUCAAGUUGCAAAAACAAAGCAUCAUGAUGAACUAAUUGAAGAAUAUAUUCGACGAGGAAAGCAUGUGUUUGAUUUUUACAAAAAGUUUUGCGACGAACAACAAAUUCGUUAUGAAGUUGUUUUGGAGGACUGCUUUGAUACACCUGGACAAAAAAUAUGUGAGGUGGCAAAAAAAUAUAAUUCAAAAGCCCUUAUCAUUGGUCAACGUGGUUUAGGUGCUUUCAGUAGAUUUUUACUUGGAAGCACAAGCAAUUAUGUUAUACAUCAUUCCAGUAUUCCGGUAGUCGUUAUUCCUCCUUCGAAAAAAGAAAACGAAAAGCAUUAG